AUACAACUCGCAACAUUUCCAGUAUUUGCCGAUUUUGUUUGGCCAAACACGGUUUGAUUCCAGUUUCGAAAGCAACAGCUCCCCGACUUACUAUCCAAGAUAUAGAACUGUUUACUGGUAUUCAGAUUAAUAAUAUGAACCUACCGUUGUUCGUAAUAUGCGAGAGCUGCCGAAAAACGUUGGAGAACUCAGUUAAGUUCCGCACCAGUUGCUUAGCCCAGGAUAUGGUGUUCAGACAGUUGUUUUCCAUUCCCGAGGAUAUUGUGAAAGACGAUGUUCCAGCGCAUACGGUACACCCACAAGAUGAGUUAUUGAACUUCGAAGGUGUUAGCCGAAUGAAAACAGAAAAAACAUUGACUAGAUACAACCUAUGUAGAGCAAAUGAUCCCGCAUUAGUCGAGCGAACGAUCACUGGUUCACAUAACAUGCAUACUAAACAGUAUUCGCAAGAUGAAAUAGAACAGGAAACAACGAACGAAGACUUUACAGCUGAUCAAAACCAUAGCGAAUCGUUCACUGAUACGAAACAGAAUGCAAAGCAGCAGCGUAGAAAGAUACUUUGUGUUACAUGUGGCAAAUUAGUGAGUAAUAUCUACCUGCAUGAUAACGAGCAGCACUCUAAAGAAAAAAUCUAUGACUGUCCGCAAUGUCCGAUGAAAAUGACGAAUAGAACGAACAUGAGAAGACACAUAGCGACGGUACAUGAAAAGAAAAUAACGAAAACGUGUGACCUAUGCGGUGGUGGGUUUGUACACUUAUCCACCUUUUCUUCUCACAUGAUGUCAGCACAUGGUAUUGGCAAAACAUACGAAUGCAAGUUAUGUGAAAAAACGUUCAAGCAGCCUGCCGCAUACAACAAGCAUGUCAAUAGGUGUCACACGCCUGCGAUAGAGUACACGUGUAAAAUUUGCAAUAUGGUGUUUCAUCGAAAGAAAAGGCUCAACAUUCAUCAACGCGUGCAUUCCAAAGAGCAACCUUACGGCUGCAAUAUCUGCUUCAAGCGUUUUAAAAGUUCUUAUGCAAAACAAACGCACGAAUUGACGCACACUGGAAUUCGAUUUUCAUGUGAAUUAUGCGAUAAAUCCUACCGUUAUAAAAGUCAAUUGUCUCUACACAAUAGAAAGCAUCAUGAUGCUGUGUUUCCGCACCGGUGAACAGUUAAGAUAAAAUGUGUUAAGGCAAAUAAAUGCAGUAUAGACCG